AUGCUGGGGACAUUACCGCCUGAGACUAUUCGCCUUAUUGUUGAGAGUCUUGACCAGAUCGAUAUCAUAGUUGCCAAACUUGCAUAUGAUGUGCAGCAUUAUUACCGACUGCUGCAGCGUGCAAAUGGCUUUUGGGUUGUACAUCGUCUAAUCAUCGAGGACCACUUCACGGUCUGGUACCAUAUUCGCUACAAAGAUCCUAAUGGCGGUUUCGAUCAAACACAACCGUGGCGUCGGCCCGGACUACCUCUUCAGGAGAACAGAGGUCCUGACGAGGAUAUCCUUGAGCAUUACCUGGGAAAAGUGUGCCGCUCGCAUGGACGUUGGAGAUACCUAACGCCUCUUAAGACGGCACAUCAACAAAAUCAUUUGUGGGAACCUUUAGCGGAAUUUAUUCAACAAUUAAGCUGUCUCGAGUCCUUAUUUUUUGCGAGUGACGGCCAGUUUCCCCCAUUGAGGUCUCCAUGUCUUUUUGAUGUUGAACCGGAGUCGACCUAUAAUGUACCGGGGAGUAUAAGUUUCUCUGAAGUUCUGAACUUUCUUGGCACUGAAAUAAUGCCUAAUAUGAGGUUGUUGUCUAUGCGUCAAUUAGGCACUACAUCCAUCGAUAGCUUUUUAUCAUUGCGUCCGCCCUGGGAAGGCUUCCAGACCAAUCCUCUUGGUACUUCGAUGAAAAAUUUUACGAUAAUGAACUGGUGGCCAACGAGAAGCCAGAUUAAGAGCUUGAAGGAAGCCAUCGAUUUAUCCUUACUAAAAGUGCUCAAGCUUAAGAUUGCUUUGCCAGUGGAAGCACUUAAAUACCUGGCAGAAGAAUGUGAAUUCUCUUCACUUACUGGACUGGAGCUUGUUUUCACUGCAUUUCAUGAUAAACUCUAUCAAGCUGGGAAUUCAUUCUUGACUCGUCCACCGGCCCUAUUAGUUCUCAUACUACGUGUGUGGGCCCCAAUACUGCGUAUUGGCCGGGUUUGCCAGCUGCAUGGAUUGAAACUGCGACAACUAUUUCUCUCAACAAUUCUGUUGAAACCAGUAUCUUUGCACAAUCUGCGUUGGAUAACCGACAACUGCCCCUACCUGGAGGAGUUGACCAUCUCCACCUCCCGUACUAUGGGUGAUGCAAAUGAAUGCGCCCAUUAUAAAGCACUUGGGUCAUUACCACGACUACGGCGUUUGACUCUGUCCCUAGAUGCUUCUUCUAUCCAGGGGAGACAAAUUGAACUACCUCUUUCCAAAGCAGAAAUGUACCCAACGAUGGUUGGUAACCCUUCUUUCAAUCAGUUUGAUCAACACUGCGCCGAAAACUAUUUUCCAGGUUUUCAACUCACACGUUAA